AUGGCUAAUGUUUUGGUGUUUGGCUGUUGUUUAGUAAUACUAAGCUUGGUUGUAGCUCAAGGUUCUGUUUCUGCUCAAUCAACACGGGCUUUCUUCGUUUUUGGUGAUUCACUUGUGGACAGUGGCAACAACGAUUUCUUGGCAACCACAGCAAGAGCAGAUGCUCCUCCCUAUGGCAUUGAUUUCCCAACACACAGACCCACUGGACGCUUCUCUAAUGGCCUAAACAUCCCUGACAUAAUCAGUAUGAGACUUGGCUUAGAGCCUACGCUGCCAUAUUUGAGUCCUCUACUAAUUGGAGAGAAGCUCCUAAUUGGUGCCAAUUUUGCAUCCGCGGGGAUUGGCAUUCUCAACGACACGGGAAUACAAUUUUUGCACAUUAUCCACAUCGAGAAGCAACUGAAGCUAUUCCAAGAGUAUCAGAAAAGGUUAAGAGCACACAUUGGUGCGGAGGGAGCGCGGAACAUAGUAAACAGAGCACUCGUACUCAUCACUCUUGGAGGCAACGAUUUUGUCAACAAUUACUACUUGGUGCCUUAUUCAGCAAGAUCGCGCCAAUUUUCUCUCCCAGAUUAUGUGCGCUAUCUCAUAUCUGAGUACCGCAAAGUUCUCACUAAGCUUUAUGAUUUGGGAGCUCGUAGGGUUCUUGUCACGGGCACAGGGCCAAUGGGGUGUGUUCCAGCGGAAUUAGCCAUGAGGAGCAGAAAUGGUGAUUGCGACGUGGAACUUCAGAGAGCUGCAUCCUUAUACAAUCCCCAACUCGUUGAAAUGAUCAAUGGACUUAACCGAGAAAUCGGUGCUGAUGUCUUCAUUGCUGCUAAUGCUUAUAGAAUGCACAUGGAUUUCGUUUCCAACCCUCGAGCUUAUGGUUUUGUGACAUCAAAGAUAGCUUGUUGUGGGCAAGGGCCAUACAAUGGGAUUGGGCUGUGCACACCCACUUCAAAUUUGUGCCCAAACAGAGACCUUUACGCGUUUUGGGAUCCAUUCCAUCCAUCCGAGAAAGCAAGUAAAAUCAUAGUCCAACAGAUCCUGCGAGGCACCACUGAGUACAUGCACCCCCUGAAUCUCACUACUAUCAUGGCCCUUGAUUCCAUGACUUGA